ACAAGUUGGACACCUCCAGGGGAAGCAGUUUUGGCCGCGCGUGAACGGUGCCACGCCGCACCAGGCCGAGCGCUUCCUCGAAGGUAAACGACCGUGUCCGCUUUCGUGACCUUGAUCUUGGGAGGAGAGAGCUCAAUGAACGGCGCGCCGAGUCGCACCGUUCACUUCGUGUGGCCACGAUGGCACCGUACGCUUUCCUCUUGUUGCUCGGGUGCUGUGGCGCGCUGGCAUCAGCACGCGUCCACCUUAAGUCUCCCCUGCUCUCCGAGGCGGCCACGACAAAAGAAUCUCUGCUGCGCAAGAAAGCACAUCAUCACCUGAUUGAGAAGUGGGGCCUUCCCCUGGUGGUGGCUGCGAAGCACGUGGUGCCACUAUGGGUAGCCGGCGCGGCUGGCUUCUUGGCCGUGGUGCUGGCCCACUCACCCCUGUCGCCACUGCCCGUGCCGCCGCUGCCGCACGCUCCCGUCGGUCGGUUCCCGCCCAAGCAGACGGUGCUCAAGAAUCCCGGACCGGUGCACAUAGUGACCGUGCAUCACGUGCGGCGACGGCGAGCUGCAACGUCUGUCUUGUCUCAGCAGAAACCUGCCACGCCAGUCGGAAGCAUGCUGGUGCAGGGUACCAACAGUGUUAACAGGCUGCUGCAGUGGCUUCGACUGGCCGGCUACGCGCCCAAUGGCUGGCCCACACCGGGACCCUCCAAGCUCAAACCGGUCGCCCAGAUGGCGCUCGACAGUGUCGUGCGCUUGCAGCCUGCGAAGGUACUGCGAGCAGCACUGGCCGUGUCGGCAGCUUACCGCGUGCUCCGACUGGUUGGCUCCGUGGUGGCGGGGGCGGUGGAGACCUAGGAGCGGAGCAGCGGACACUGAUCUGACCGGGUACCGACAGUUCGCCAAAAGCUUGACUGGUAGCAGUAAUUGAAAGAACCAUGGGAACGAAGACUUGGUGUGUGAGACCAUCGUUACUUGUACAGCGAUAAAGUCCGUGAGAGCGGUUCCUGCGGUGCAAGUCCGCUUCCGAGUACGUGUAAAUAAAGCUAGUGUGUCCUCCAUCGUACCUGUCUAAAUAAAACG